AUGGAAAACAAAGAACAGCCACUGGUUGCGGGAAAGCCGGGAGUAGCUUGUACUGUGGAAGACAAGGAAAAGUUAGAAAACAAGGGAAGGACAGAUCUCAGGGGAAAGACAGAAGAUGAGGAAGUACUAAAGGAUAAGGAAAAGCGAGAGAGUGAGGCAAAGCCAAAAGAAGGAAAUCCAGAGAGUGAGGGAAAGCCAGUGAGCGAGGGAAAGCCCGUAAGUGAGGGAAAGCCAGUGAGCGAGGGAAAGCCAAAAGAAGAAAAGCCAGCCAGCAAACCAAGGGCUGCAGGAAAGUGCCCAGCUGGGGAUGAUGUACCCAGGAAGGCCAAAAGAAAAGCCAACAAGGGGCUGGCUCAGUGUCUCAAGGAAUACAAGGAGGCCAUAAACGAUAUGCAUUUGAGCAAUGAAGCGAUGAUAAGAGAAUUUGACGAGAUGGCCAGGGUGGAGGAUGAGGUGUAG